GAUCUAUCGAAGUUUUCUAAUAUCUGUUCUGAGCCUUAAGCUACCAUUGAUUUAAUGAUAGCAAAUUGUAUAAAAUCAAGCUGCAUUUCAGCGAUUGCUGGUUUGUUUUGAUCGAUACAAACUGUGUUGUAUAGCUUCACGAUGACUCGAGUGUGGACUCUGCUGCUACUGUAUCCAGUGUGCACCAUACUCGGACAAAGUCUACGCAGCCUCACGGUGAACGACUGGUGGGAAAAGUCCGGGUUCUAUCAAAUCUAUCCCCGUUCGUUCAAAGAUAGUAACGGUGACGGAAUAGGCGACCUGAACGGAAUCACGCAGAAGCUGCAGUACUUGAAAUCUCUGGGAAUCAAGGCUUUCUGGUUAUCGCCUAUCUACAAGAGCCCUAUGACCGAUUUCGGGUACGAUAUUGCUGACUUUCGCGAUAUUCAACCGGAGUAUGGGACGAUGGAGGAUUUCGAAAAUCUGGUCAAGGAAGCGAAGAGAUUAGAGUUGAAAGUCAUACUGGAUUUUGUGCCCAAUCACUCGAGUGAUGAACACGAGUGGUUCGUGAAGAGUGAGAAUCGUGAAUCAGGAUAUGAUGAUUACUACGUGUGGCACGAUGGAGUCCCUGGAAGAAAUUCAUGUCAGAACGAUCCACCGAAUAAUUGGGUAGAAAACUUCUAUGGGAGUGCUUGGAAAUGGAGUGAAAAGCGUAGACAGUAUUAUUUGCAUCAAUUCCACUAUAAACAGCCAGAUCUCAAUUAUCGAAAUGCUAAAGUCGUUGAAGAGAUGAAGAAUGUCAUGCGUUUCUGGUUAGAUAAAGGUGUGAAUGGGUUUCGUAUAGAUGCUGUGAACUGGUUAUUCGAGGACAGCAGCUUUCGAGAUGAGCCUAUAUCCGGAAACUCCAAAGAUCCAUUUGUAUAUGAGUACUUAGAUCACAUUUACACACAAAAUUUACCAGAAACUACGGAUAUGGUAUAUCAAUGGCGUGUUGUUAUGGACGAAUACAAACUUGAACAUGGUGGUGACACUAGAGUUAUUAUGACGGAAGCCUGGACGGAUCUGUCGACAUUGAAGACCUAUUUUCAAGACGAGAACGGUCGACAAGGUUCACAAAUGCCGUUCAACUUCCAGUUGAUCCUUCGUUUGAAUAAUACUAGCAAUAAAGCAUCAGAUUUCAAAACGGUCAUUGAUUCCUGGCUCGAUACUGUACCCAACGGUCAUGCUCCUAAUUGGGUGCUAGGAAACCACGACCGACGACGGGUCGCAUCACGCAUGGGAGGCGAACAAUGGGUAGACAUUAUGGAAAUGAUUCAACUAUCUAUCCCUGGAGUAUCCGUGACCUAUCAAGGAGAGGAAAUCGGAAUGACAGAUUACGAACUGACAUGGGCCGAAACCGUUGAUCCUGCGGCAUGUCUAAGACCGCAAGAAGUUUUCCAACAGUAUACCAGAGAUCCUGCUCGCACCCCAUUCCAGUGGGACAGUUCAAGUCACGCAGGCUUCACAAACUAUUCCAAACCGUGGCUUCCGGUUUCCACGUCGUACGAAACAGUCAAUGUGGAAGUUGAACAACGUGCCGAAUGGAGCCAUUUGAAGGUGUUCAACGCUUUGAUGCAACUCAGAGAGUCGAAAGAUUUUCAAAAUUGCCACUACACGACGGCCGUUCUAGGGAAUAACGUGUUUGCCAUUUUGAGAUCGGGUCCGGACAUUGGGAAAUCUGAGGUUUUCGUGACGGUUGUGAAUCUAUCGAAUGAAACAUCAACGGCCAAUGUUGUCCAGCUGAUCGAUCAAUACAAAAUGUUGAAAGUGGAUAAGCUAUCAGUGGCGGUUCAGAGCGUUUUAUCCAAGCGUUCAAAAGGGGAUCAACUAAAUGCUAGUGGUAUCGAGUUACAUCCCUAUGAAGGGUUAGUUCUACGCAGUGCUACUUCAACAAUGUUUGCUAGACUUUAUCUGACUAUUACAUUAAUGUUAAUGACGAUAAAAAUAAUGUAAACGUUGAUAUGAUAAACUUGAUUAUAAAUCUUCGA